GAGAGUGUGACCAAUGCCUGUAAAUAGAAGUAGUUAUUACAGGUCUUCCAAGCGGUCAUUGAACGUUAAAUUCUCAAGAUUAUCCAGGAACAGGCUCUGAUGAAUGACUUCCAGUUUACUAACUUCAUCUACAACCAAUGCCGAUUCUGCUGCCUAGACUGUCGUCUGACUAUGAGGAUUCCGGGACAGACGAAGCACCACUGAUUUACGGGGACACGGCUGGAUUUGACAUGGACGAAAACGAUUCCCUUGUCAAUAGACGUUACAGAAAUCCAAAUCAGAGUAGAAUUGCCUACUUCCUGACAGAUGGCUGGUCCAAUCUUUGUUCAAGGUGCUGGGAGAGACUAUGUCGGAGGAGGAAAGAGUACAAGGCAAGGGUCGUCCCAAUCGGCCUAGAAAAAAGCUCAGAUGUAAAAUUUCCAAAAAAUGUCAUCAGGAAUCAGAAGUACAGUAUCAUCACAUUCAUACCAAAGGUGCUGUUUGAGCAGUUCAAGUUUUUCCUGAACUUGUAUUUCCUGGUGAUGGCAUCGUCACAGUUUAUACCAGAAAUAAAAAUUGGCUACCUAUAUACUUACUGGGGACCACUGGGCUUUGUGUUGUUUGUGACCAUGUGUCGGGAGGCUUUAGAUGACUACAGAAGGUAUCGUAGGGACAAAGAGGCCAACUCACAGAAGUACAGCAAACUAAACAGGGAUGGUUUUGGCGUCAUCCCCAGCUCGGAUAUAAGAGUGGGUGACCUUAUUGCUGUAGAAAAGGACCAACGUGUACCAGCAGACAUGAUUUUCGUGCGGACAACAGAGCCUGGAGGAGCAUGUUUCAUCAGAACUGACCAACUUGAUGGAGAAACAGAUUGGAAACUCAGACUGGCGGUGCAGAACACACAGAGCCUUAUGUCUAAUGUGGAUAUUCUGGACAUUAAGGCCCAGGUGUAUGCUGAGGCCCCACAGAAGGAUAUACACACCUUUGUAGGAACCUUCAGACGGACAGAGCCAGACACCAUGGGUGAGGAGGACUCGCUGAGUGUGGAGAAUGUCCUGUGGUCCAACACUGUGGUGGCAUCAGGCACAGCAUUGGGUGUGGUUAUAUACACUGGUAGUGAGACCCGCAGUGUGAUGAAUACUUCAAAACCUCAGAACAAGGUCGGCCUCCUGGAUCUUGAAAUCAACACUCUGACCAAAGUCCUCUUCUUUGCUGUAGUGGCACUGUCUGUUGUUAUGAUCUGCCUCAAGGGGUUCGUGGGACCAUGGUACAGAUAUCUGUUUAGGUUCAUUCUCCUCUUUUCUUACAUCAUUCCUAUCAGUUUACGUGUGAAUCUGGACAUGGGUAAAGCUGCUUAUUCCUGGUUCAUCCAGCGAGACAAAUUAAUACCAGAGACUAUUGUCCGUACAACCACCAUACCGGAGGAGCUCGGGAGGAUCAGUUACCUAUUAUCAGACAAAACAGGCACCCUCACACAGAACGAAAUGAUUUUUAAGAAACUCCAUCUUGGAACAGUAGCAUACACACCAGACACCAUGGACGAGGUGAUGGCACACCUCCGCACAACAUUUAACCAGCAACAACAGCAGCAGUCAUCACAGCAGCCAUUUCUAGGUCCCACAACUACACCAACACGAUCAGGUCCAGUCAGGAGGACAGUGGUCACCAGGACGUUUGAAGCGGUCAAGGCCAUUGCUUUGUGUCACAAUGUCACCCCAGUGUUUGAAAAUGAAGGCAGCAUGGAUACAAGUUCAGAGACUGAGGCAGAUCAGCAGAGUCAACAGAAAGUCGUCUACCAGGCCUCUAGUCCUGAUGAGGUUGCCCUAGUGGCAUGGACUGAGAGUGUAGGUCUUGCACUGCUGAAGCGGAACUUGAACAGUAUGCAGCUCCGUGCUCCAAAUGGCUCUAUUAUUAGUUACCAGAUACUGCAAAUAUUUCCCUUCACCUCAGAAACCAAACGCAUGGGAAUUAUUGUCAAGGAGGAAGCAACAGGUGAGAUAAUUUUCUACAUGAAGGGAGCAGACGUGGUGAUGCAGACUAUCGUACAGUAUAAUGACUGGUUAGAUGAAGAGUGUGGAAACAUGGCUCGUGAGGGGUUGAGGACCCUGGUGGUAGCUAAAAAAAUCCUCACCGAAGAACAGUACCAAGAGUUUGAGACGCGGUAUCACCAGGCGAAGAUGAGUAUCCAAGACCGGAACGUCAAGGUCCAGGCCGUGAUUGAAAGCCUGGAGCGCGACAUGGACCUUUUGAGUCUGACCGGGGUGGAGGAUAAACUUCAGGAGGGGGUUAGGCCUACACUGGAGCUCCUGAAAAAUGCUGGAAUCAAAGUGUGGAUGUUGACGGGAGACAAGCUGGAGACAGCUAUUUGUAUUUCCAAGAGUUCCAAACUUGUGUCUCGAAUACAGGAUAUUCACACGUUUGGUGUCGUAAAUGGACGGACAGAGGCCCAUCUGGAGCUUAAUGCUCUUCGUAGAAAACAAGAUGCUGUUCUAGUUAUAACUGGGAAUUCACUGCAGGUGUGUCUGAAAUACUACGAACAUGAGUUUGUAGAACUUGCAUGUCAAUGUCCAUGUGUGGUGGUGUGUCGCUGUUCACCAACACAGAAGGCAGACAUAGUCAAGCUUCUCCAGGUUCACACUGGCAAGCGCACAUGUGCAAUAGGAGAUGGUGGGAAUGAUGUCAGCAUGAUUCAGGCAGCUAAUGCUGGUAUAGGAAUUGUUGGCAAGGAGGGCAAACAAGCAUCCUUGGCAGCUGAUUUUUCUGUUACACAGUUUUCACACAUCGGCAGAUUAUUAAUGAUCCAUGGUAGAAAUAGUUACAAACGUUCAGCAUCACUAAGUCAGUUUGUCAUCCAUCGAGGCCUCAUCAUCAGUACCAUGCAGGCCGUCUUUUCCUCUGUGUUCUACUUUGCCUCUAUAGCCUUAUUUCCUGGCUUUCUCAUGGUUGGGUACUCCACCAUCUACACCAUGUAUCCUGUGUUUUCACUGGUGCUUGAUAAAGAUGUGUCUGCAGAUAUUGCCAUAACAUACCCAGAGCUUUAUAAAGAAUUAACAAAGGGCAGGUCACUUUCAUUUAAAACAUUCUUCCUGUGGGUGCUGAUAAGUGUCUACCAAGGUGGAAUAAUUAUAUAUGGUGCACUGUGGCUGUUUGAUGAGGACUUUGUACAUGUAGUUUCAAUCACAUUUACCUCCCUCAUACUCACGGAGUUGUUGAUGGUGGCGCUAGCAGUACGCACCUGGCACUACCUAAUGGUGAUUGCUGAGGCAUUCAGCCUGGCCAUAUAUAUAUUAUCCUUGGCAGUCCUCAGAAACUACUUUGAUGGGAAAUUCCUGACCACAUGGAACUUUGUAUGGAAAGUGUUAGUGAUUACAUCGGUUAGUUGUAUACCACUCUACAUACUUAAGUACCUACGUAAGAAGUUUUCUCCUCCAGUCUACUCCAAACUCACCUGAUUGACACUACACCGCAUCUCAACAGGUUUCUCAAGUUUCUUAAAAUGUUUUCUUCAGACUGUUCUGAUGGGAAAAUGUUCUGUUACCGUGAAGUCUAAUACACAUGAACUACAGCUGCACUGUAUCUUUGGAAUCUUUAGAAUCUCUGAUAGCCAUAUAUACUCUUCAGGUCCUUCUGAAGAAUUGUCUUCUGUUGACAUGAACAUUGGAGUCGGAUGACUCUUCUUUUAUCAUACUGACAUGUAAAUAUGUGAAAUGAUUCCAAACAAUGUAUCAAUUUUACCAGAUGUUUAAUUUAAAUUCUAUAGCCAAAAUAUUUUCCCUGAAUUUUUUUUCUUUACUGUAAAGAAAAUUGUAAACACUAUAUAGCAAGAAGUGUUACACAGAUGGGUAAUUAUAAUGAUCCAACACAGUACCGAGGAUACCACUCAUACAUGUGUCUUGUUCCAAUAGUAUCGGUCCAAAAUAGUGCUCUUGUAUUUUGAAGAAGGAAAUUUAUUGAAGCGGUUUGAUAUUUUUCCAAUAUCUCAAUAUUAAAUUUAGUGUAUCAAUAAUUUCAAGUGAUAUUUCUAUAUCAAGAUUCACAAAAAUUCAGAAUUGCACCAAAUAAGCAUGUCUUAGAAAGUAAGCAGGCAAUUACCUAUGCCAAUAUUCAGAAUCAGUAGAUUAUGUAUAGAGGGUGAAAUGUCUAUGUAUGAUUACAUUGUGUAGAUAUAAAUAUCCAUAUUUUCAUUUAUUCACAAAUUCCACAUGUACAAUAGGUACAAGAAAACGGAACAAUAAAACAAUAAUUAUUUUUCUUAGUUCUUACAUACUUUAUAGACCUACUGCAUGGAUGAAAGCUUUCAGUUAAUACUGAAUUCAGUAUUUUUGAAAUAUUUCCCCCCAUGUAAAUUGUAAGUUAUAAUUAGUGUAAAUUUUAAAUGCAACAGCUAUUUAAGUAUUUCAAACAUCAGAACUCUUUUUACCCAUGCUCUUUCUUCCUAUACAAGUUGUGAUUUCUGCAUAUCUGUGAUGCUUUAAAUAUUUUCAAUUGUCUUAGCAGUCAUUACUGCUACUCGCUAUUCCAUACUUUGAACCAUUAUUUCUUGUUGAACGUUAUCAUUAUGUUAAUCACUUCGGAAGACCAUAUUUUCCCUUCUCCUUUCUGAAUCAUCAAUGCUGCUGAAAAAAUAAUGGCAGUAUAACAUUCUUUUAAAUGGACGUGAUUUUGUAAUAUUUAAAUUUGUUAAACAUAUGACUAUCAUUUGACAGUUUUAUUUAAGAUUUUGCCCCUGUAUUGUCUAUUUUGAGUUAAAUCACUAUUCAGAUUACACAAUGGGAUAUCCGUGCUGUUUUUUGGAUGCAGGGUAUCCCUUAUGUUCUUAAAAAGAUUUUGGAUGAUAAAAUGAUUAGGAUUAAAAUAGUUGAACCAUGAGGAAAAGUUGAUAUCAUUUUGAACCACAGUUGUAUCUGGUAUUUUAAGGAUUUAUAGACAAACAUAUGUGUAGCCCUUACUCUACUAUAUCACCUUCAAAUUAUUGUCACACGACAGAAGGGUAACAUGAGUUGACAUUUAAGGAUUCUAAACCAAGGUACAUUUAACUGAUUCAGAAGUAUGUGGGCAUUUGAUUAUUUUAGUAAGAUUGAACUGAAAUUCAAAGUGAAUCGAAGCUCACCGCCCGACUGGUAAGUGCUACACCUUGUUGAUAUAUAUAUUAGAGCAGGGAUACUUUUUUCUAUGAAUGCUAUCCAGAUGCAGACACCUGUGCUUUGAACACAUAAUCAUAAACUUUUUUAUUUUAAAAUCAGUUUCUAAAUUCCUUACAUGUUACAUUUCCAAAACUAAGCGAGAUGUUCUCUGUACAAACACAUCUCCGAGACUAUGUUGUGACUACCUGUAAGUGGUACAGUAGCUUGUUUAAUUAUUUUGAGCAUCGAUGUACAAAUAGCUCAAUGUUUAUUGUUUGUUUUUAUUCUAUUUAUUCUAAUCUAUUUUGUGCAAUUUAUAUUCUUGUAAUGUACAUACUGUGUAUAUAUGUCAGUUUUACAGAUCAGGAUAAUAGUGCUAGAAUAUUAAAAUUAAUGUUUCCCUGCUGAUACACUUAUUCUGUUAGAACAUUAAGUUAACAUCAGAUAUUUGGGCCAGAAGAAACCGCAACAACAAGAUUUCUAGCAAAUAUUGCCUUCAAGCUUUAAUUCUAUAAAUAUCUAUUUUUUCAUCCCACUUUUUUUCACUGUUGUAGAAUCAAAGACAUGUGAUUAGAUUUUCUUGUAUUACAUGUUAAUUUUCAUAUCGUUAAGGGAGAAGGGAUUUUAAUCCUGGAAAGUUAGGGCAAAGGUGAUUUCUUUGAUUAAUGCUGUAGUAUUUUUGUAAUAUUGAAGCAAGGUGUUUUGCACAUGUGUAUGAUAUCAAACAUAAAUAUGUCAAAUCAUUCAUAUAUUCACUGUAAAUAUACAACAUUCCACAUCCUUGUAUUUAAUUUUUAUUUUCCCUGUAUUUUCAGUUGUUUUACCUUAGUAUUUCUAUCGGUUAGUAGUGUAUUCUGUGUAUUUACAUGUACUUGCUUGUUUAUAAAAUAUCCAUAUUAGAAUGAAAUUUCAUCUGUGUUGGUUUUCAUUAUCUUUCAUAUUAAACUUUUGUUAAUUUGACCAAAAUACUUUUACCAUUACUCAAGCCUUUAUUAUUUUGUUUUGUUCCAACCCAAACUUUCAAGGCACUAUCACCACAGGAGUCAUUAAUACCCGUGCUUCAAGGUAUGAAGGCUGGGGAUCUCUUUAACAUCCUCCAUUCAGAAUGUGACAAUGGUUUUCCCUGAUCUUCUGUACAUGUGACAGAGCUUUAAACAAGGGGAAUUUAUCCAGCAAUAGAUCCAUGCCCAGAAAUAAGACCACCUGUAUAUUGUUUUCUGGUUACCAACAACUCUACUUUCAUUGUCCUAAAAUAAGCUCACCCACUAAAUUUGAGUCAGAGAUUUUGUGUCGACCCCUCCAAGGCUAAUUGUGGUAUUUAAAGUACACUGUACUAGCCAAGGAUAGUGGGUUGAACACACGGGAUGAGAAACAUGUUUACUUUCCUUUUUCUUCUUUUAUUUUGAAUUGGUACCUUCAGUGCAAUUGAUGAAACGACUUGGUACUGGUUUGAAGGAUAAGUAAUACAAUAAUUGUGUGAACGUAAAUGAAAUGACAGCUAUAAUGAAAUAAAGAUUAUUUAUUGAUAAUUGUAUUAGAUUGUUAAAGUGCAUUUGAAUGAGAAAUGUAUGAAAAUUGAAGAGAAAAAUUAUCUGAUGCAGUGUAAAAUGAGAGACUGAGAAAGACGUAGAAUAUAUUUAUCACUAAAGCAGAAAAGAAGUAGGACAUACUGAAUGAUAGAAUUGAAAACCUGUUUAAAAGAUGAACUCUUGAAUGCAAGCAAAAGUUAUGUAUGCAAGUAAUUAUUUUACACCGAUAAGACUCCCAUUUAUUUGGUACCAUAUAAUUACCAUACAGUAUAAUGUGUUGGGUCACUUUUAGCUCAACUGGUUCCAAGGACCAGCAGCUUAUGCUGAAUUUAAGUACACCAAUUCUUCCCCAUUACAUUUGUAUAUUUUUUUAUUAUUAUUAUUAUUACUUAUCCAAAAUGGCCAGAGUGGAUUUUGACAAUAUUUGGCCUGAAACUGUGGACACCCAUCAGCAGUGGAAAGGAGCCCAAAUGGGGAAAAUGAUAAGGAAUGGUCAUCAAAUUUGCACCAUUACAAGUUAAUCCAUUAUGCCACAAUUUCAAGACAAGUAAUUCACAUCUACCCGACCUCUUACUCAGUUAUAAAAAGUAUUACGGCUACAGUAUUCUCAUACAACUUUGGUUUUACAGCGCAUUAUUCAUCAGACUAUAAAUCUAACAGAAUCACACAAAUCUAUACAUGUUAAUUCUAAUGACUGUAUAUAAAUUGUUGAACUAAAGUUUUGACAAUCUUUUGUAUACAUGUGACAAUGUGAAUUUGAAUUGUAGACAUUACAAUUCUAUUAAAUGAUUUCACUUAUUGAUUUUUUUUUUUAAUGGCUAUAUAUUUGAUAUAACAGAAUAAAUCAUAGAGAAUUACCUGUAUACAAUAUUGUAUACAUGUAUAUUGCAUAUCACAUUAUGUUGGGGUAUUUUAGAAUUACACCCUAUAAUAAAAUGUCUUAAUUGAUCAAACCUCGAAAACAUGCAGACCAUGUAAUGUUGGAUAAGAACAAGUUUCAUCAGUCCACACCAUUGCCAUUGGUUUAUAAAAGGAAAAUCUGGUACAGAGUCACAAAAUAUAUUGAACAAGAGAAAUGUUAAAAGGUGUUUCUUAUUACAUGUAUAUACACUAUACAUUGUGUUUAUCUGCUUAAUCAAUGUGCCUAUAACACUGCGACAGGAGAAACCAAAAUCUCUCCUAUAUAUAUACCUGCUGCAAAUUCGAAUUGCAUCUAUAACUUAUGGUCCAAAUGAUUCUAUCUGUUCUAGAGUAGGUCCGAUACCUACAUACAGUAUAUAGAGGUGAUAGAUAGUCAUUAGGCAUAAUACUUUUUCUGAUCAUACAGGUGUGGUUACUUUAGAUUUGUUGGAUUGUAUACAGUAGAAACCAUUUAGUUGGUUCUGUCUUUUAAAUUAAAGAUAUAAAUUACUUUUCAAACCUGUAUACACCAAUCAACUUAUCUAAUACACUGUUAUAUAUCCUAUCUGAACUUCUAUUAAAAGAAGUAAACAUAUUCUGAUAAUGUUUGGAUGUUCAAAGAAUAUACUAGUGAAAUUUGCACCAUUUAACCUGGUAACAAUAAUUUGAAUAUCACAAAUUACAUUAUGGAAUAUCUAAAUACUAACUAUAAAUUGACACACUGAAUUAGUGUAUUAUCAUUUAUCAUUCUGCCAUAUAAACCUCUGGAAGCAAAAGUAGGAUUUGUAAAUAUGCUGUCUCAAAUAGAAAAGAAAAGCUUCCAAGUAAAUUGGCUAUCUGCAGAAAGUUUGAUGAAUGUGGGACUGCUGUGUAAACUCACCUGAACAUGAUUGUUUUGAUUGGAAUACCGGUAUAUCUCAUAUUCUUUGAACAAAUUAAAGAGGAACCAAAACCUUUGGAAGUUUAUAUCUUCUGUUUGACCAUGGUGUUGAAGUGCAUUUGUUGAACAUCCGAAGCAGACAUUGAUUUUGAUAAAAUUAUCAAUAAUUUAGAAGGCAAAUUGAUUAAUAGUAACUAAGCUCGUAUCAGGCUCUAGAUAUGGUAUGUUCUCACGGGUCAAACUGUUGACUUUUUCCAGGUUGGUACAAAUAAUUUGUGUGUUAUCUGUUGACAAGACUUUGCCUUGUGACCUUCACAUGGUUGUAAACCAUGCUUUAAAUAAAAUCCAUAUAUUUUACAGAAGAUUCCUGUAUCUUGUAACAAUUAAUUAGCUUGUAAAUCUGCAAGGAACUAUUCCAAGAAUUCCUUUGAUAAAAUUUAAUGUGUAGGUUUAGUUAGGUUAGAUGUAUCAAUUGUUGGGAGCAUUUAUGUACACAUUCAUUGUUCAUUCUACUAUUAUUUAUUGCCAUAUCAAAUAAAUCGAUUAUUUACA